AUGGCAGCAACUAAGCGAUUAAAUAGGGAACUGGAGGAACUGAAGAAGUUAUCUUUAAAAUCCUUUCGGGAUAUCGUUGUGGACGAAACAAAUAUUCUUAGUUGGAGUGGUCUUUUGGUACCUGAUAACCCACCGUACAAUAAAGGUGCAUUCCGUAUAGAUAUCAACUUUCCUGCAGAGUAUCCAUUCAAGCCACCAAAAGUAACGUUUAAAACCAAAAUCUACCAUCCAAAUGUUGAUGAAAAGGGACAGGUUUGCCUACCUAUUAUUAGUGCUGAAAAUUGGAAGCCUGCCACAAAAACGGAUCAAGUUGUAAACUCACUGGUGGCACUUAUCAAUGAUCCUGAGCCUGAACAUCCUUUACGAGCAGACCUUGCAGAAGAAUAUACCAAAGACAGGAAAAAGUUUUUGAAGAAUGCUGAGGAAUUCACAAAGAAACACAGUGAAAAGCGACCAAGUGAUUAA